GAGUCAAAUGCAGGGUUGGUUAAAAAAGGACUAAAUUUGUAAACAUAUUCAAACUAUAUGGAAUUUGUAAGCUCAAGAAAUCUGAAAGAGGGUUAUCGUUGUCUACAAGCAUCACACUUUCCAAGCAACAAUUUCUUCAGAUUUCUCCAUAUCAUUCAUCUAAAUGCAUUAAUUAAUCACACUUUGAAUAAUAAAUCACAUCGAUUUUGGAGGAAGGAAGAAAAUCAAACCUUUUUUUCAACUGGCAAUCUCUUCAGUUUCUCUUUCCUGAGGCACUUGAAAAGGAAAAAGCUUAAGAGAGAGAGAGCUUGAAGUUAAUUCAGCCAUGGCAAGCUUCAAAUGCCAUCUCCCUUGCUUGUUACUUCCAGCAAGCCUUCUUCUUCUUCUCUUUCUUAUUCUGUUUCUCUCUCUUCCGCCAUUGUUGGAACUGUCACAAGCAACUGAAGCUUUCCCACUUGCUGCCUCUCUGCUUCCCAUAACCUCCACGAGAGAAAGCAACAAGCCCAUGAAAGCUACUGCUGUCAAAAAGAGUAAAACGAGCUUGAGGAUGAUUGAAGCAAGUUUGGCUGAAGCUCGAGCAUCGAUCCGAAAUGCAGUUCUGUGGAAAAACUUCACCUCAGAGAAGAAAGAAACUUACAUUCCCAGAGGCUCCAUCUACAGGAAUGCUUAUGCUUUUCAUCAAAGCCACAUAGAGAUGGUUAAAAGGUUCAAGGUGUGGAGUUAUAGAGAAGGUGAACAGCCUCUGGUCCAUGACGGUCCAUUGAAUAGCAUAUAUGCCAUUGAAGGUCAAUUCAUAGAUGAGUUAGAUUGCAGCAAGAGCCCCUUCAGAGCCAGCCAUCCUGAUCAAGCUCAUGCAUUUCUGCUUCCUUUGAGCAUAACCAACAUCAUCCAUUUCAUUUACAGACCAAUCACCUCUCCUGCUGACUACAGUCGCGAUCGCCUGCACCGCGUUACGACUGAUUACGUUAAGCUUGUUGCCAACAGGUAUCCAUAUUGGAAUCGAAGCAGCGGCGCUGAUCAUUUUAUGGUUUCAUGUCAUGAUUGGGCACCAGAUGUCUCAGAUGCCAACCCUCAACUGUUCAAGAACUUCAUCAGGAUAAUAUGCAAUGCAAACAUCACAGAAGGCUUUCGUCCCAACCUAGACAUUCCGCUCCCGGAAAUUAACAUCCAUCCCGGAACUUUAGGGCCGCCAGACUUAGGCCAGCCUCCAGAGCGCCGCCCAAUUCUAGCUUUCUUCGCCGGAGGAGCUCAUGGAUACAUCAGGAAGGUAUUGAUCCAGCAUUGGAAGGACAAAGACAAAGAAGUUCAAGUUCACGAGUACCUUCCAAAGACUCAAAACUACACCAAAUUGAUUGGAGAAAGCAAGUUUUGCCUCUGCCCUAGUGGCUACGAAGUGGCGAGCCCAAGGGUGGUGGAAGCCAUUUAUGGUGGUUGUGUUCCGGUGAUCAUUUCCGAUAAUUAUUCGUUACCAUUCAGCGAUGUUCUAGAUUGGAGUCAGUUUUCAGUGCAGAUACCUGUUCAAAAAAUAACAGAAAUAAAAACAAUCUUGAAGGCUAUCUCAGGAGAGAAGUAUUUGAAGAUGCACAAAGGAGUGACCAAAGUUAAGAGGCAUUUCAAGAUAAAUAGGCCAGCAAAGCCAUUUGAUGUAAUUCAUAUGGUGCUACAUUCACUGUGGCUUAGAAGGCUUAACUUUGGCCUUCCCCAUUGAAAAGAACCGUGAGUUAAGUCUUUGUCUCCCUUUCGGAUGUCUAGCGACUUCAGCUAGUUAAAUGUCAUAACGCUCCUUACAGAAAAUCAGGCAACAAGAUUUGGCAAUUCGAAAACCGAGCAGACAAAGCAAGAAUUAGACAGGAUCAUGU